GGAACCUGCAGCCAGCGUCGCACCUCGGAGCGGCGGGCCGCUGAGCCACCAAAAUGUCAGGGGAGAUGGAUAAGCCCCUGAUUAGUCGCUGCCUGAUAGACAGUGAUGGAAGCCUUGCGGAGGCCCCCAGUGGGGCCCCCAAAGUGGGCAUCCUGGGCAGUGGGGAUUUUGCCCGCUCCCUGGCCACACGUCUGGUGGGCUCCGGCUUCAGUGUAGUGGUGGGAAGCCGCAACCCCAAACGCACGGCUGGGCUCUUCCCUGCCUCUGUGCAGGUAACUUUCCAGGAGGAGGCAGUGAGCUCCCCAGAAGUCAUCUUCGUGGCAGUGUUCCGGGAGCACUACUCCACGCUGUGCAGUCUCAGUGACCUGCUAGCCGGCAAGAUCCUGGUGGAUGUGAGCAAUCCCACAGAGCAGGAGCACCUUCGGCACCGCGAGUCUAAUGCUGAGUUCCUGGCCUCGCUCUUCCCCACCUGCACAGUGGUCAAAGCCUUCAAUGUCAUCUCUGCUUGGACCCUACAGGCUGGCCCGAGGGAUGGAAACAGGCAGGUACCCAUCUGCAGUGACCAACAAGAAGCCAAGCAUGUAGUAUCAGAGAUGGUGCGUGCCAUGGGCUUUAUGCCAGUGGACAUGGGCUCCCUGACCUCAGCCCGGGAGGUGGAGGCCAUGCCCCUGCGCCUCCUCCCAGGCUGGAAGGUGCCCACCCUCCUGGCACUGGGGCUCUUUGUCUGUUUCUACGCCUACAACUUCAUCCGGGAUGUGCUGCAGCCCUAUGUGCAGGAAGGCAAGAACAAGUUCUACAAGUUGCCCGUGUCCGUGGUCAACACCACACUGCCCUGUGUGGCCUAUGUGCUGCUGUCACUGGUGUACCUGCCUGGCGUGCUGGCAGCCACCCUGCAGCUGCAGUGGGGCACCAAGUACCGCCGUUUCCCUGACUGGCUGGACCACUGGCUACAGCACCGCAAGCAGAUCGGGCUGCUCAGCUUCUUCUGUGCUGCGCUGCACGCACUCUACAGCUUCUGCCUGCCACUGCGCCGCUCCCACCGCUACGAACUGAUCAAUAUGGCCGUCAAGCAGGUUUUGGCCAACAAGAGCCACCUGUGGGUAGAGGAGGAGGUCUGGCGAAUGGAGAUCUACCUGUCGUUGGGAGUGCUGGCCCUUGGCACACUGUCCCUGCUGGCUGUCACCUCGCUGCCAUCCAUUGCAAACUCACUGAACUGGAGGGAGUUCAGCUUCGUGCAGUCCACACUGGGCUUCAUGGCCCUGGUGCUGAGCACACUGCACACACUCACCUACGGCUGGACCCGUGCCUUCGAGGAGAGCCGCUACAAGUUCUAUCUGCCACCUACCUUCACACUCACGCUGCUGGUGCCCUGUGUCGUCAUUCUGGCCAAGGGCCUGUUCCUCCUGCCCUGCUUCAGCCGCAGACUCGCCAAGAUCCGGAGGGGCUGGGAGAAGGAUGGCGCUGUCAAGUUCACGCUGCCGACAGACCCCAUGUUGCUAGAGAAAACAAGCCAUGUGUGAGGUGUCUGAGCCUGUACCAGAUACCAAGCCCGGAUGAUCAGUGGACUCCUGAGUGAUCCAGAGCAGAAUAAUGGUAAUGUAAGGUUGGAAUGCCUGGAAUGGACAUUAUGCAGUAUUCAGAAUGACACACUCAUACGUGUGACAUACAUGUACAUACAUUUCAUACCUAUACAUAAAACAGGAUUUGCGAUUAUACUUCCUUAUCUAAAAAGUUAGGGCCCUGAGAUGUCAACCUGUAGACUUAGAAGCCAGUGCCAGAUGUUAAAGGAGCAGACCAUGCACUCCUAAAAUUUACACAGACUUUGUCUAGAAGCUUGUCCUUUGGAGGCUUCCAUCCUGUAUUCUUCUUCUCUUGUACCCAUUAGCUACACCCCAAAGAAAGUACAGAGCUGGCACUCUAAAGUGGUU